ACCAGGCCUGAAACAAACACACGAAGGAGCGACAGGAGAGCAGGACGUCCAGAAUUGAACUACUCCAGGAACCGGGACGAAGAGAAGACUUUGAUAAAGUUGCCGCCAUGAAUUUAGAGAGUAAACUUAACGAAUCAUUGAAUGAUGUAUUAAAAUCAUCAGGAUAUAUAUUUGAGAUCAUUAAUAACAAUCGGAAACAGAGCAAUUUGAUUACAGGAAGCAAUAAUCAGUUGAUUUCGCCGGCAAUAUCAUUACAACUAUCCAACAGCAUAAAUAAGUUUGACGAGAUCUUAGAUGAAACGGUGUCUAAGUUCAACGAUGCCAAAUGGUGUGUUGAGCAAAUCCUUGAAAACAAACAGAAGCAAGAGGAAUUAAAGUUGAAGGAAGAAAUAGAAAGGCAGAAGCGUAAGGCUGAGGAAGAAAGAAGACGUAAAGAGGAGGAGGAAAGAAGACGCAAAGAGGAGGAGGAAAGAAGAAGAAAAGAAGAAGAAGUAAAAGUAGCAGCUGCUGCUGCUGCAGAAAAGGCUAGGCAAGAAGAACAGAUACGUCUUGCUAGAGAAAAAGAAGAAAACGAAAGACGACAGAAUGAAGAAAAUGAACGUAAAAGACAAGAAGAAUAUCAAAAACGACAACAAGAAGAACAACAGCAGCAACAACAGCAACAACAAUCAAACAAUGAUAUUAAUGAUUUCAUGACUGAUGGAUUUGAUUUUGAUAUGGGUGAUCUUGGUGACACUGGCGAUAAAGGAGGACUUGAUAUACCUAAUCCUUCAGACAUUCUCAGCUCAAUUAGUUAUAACGGGGCACCUGAUCUUAAAAAUGAAAAUCCCAACCCAAACCCCAGUAAUAACAAUAACGAUAAUUCAAAUAAUAAACCAAACGCUAAUGAUCUUGAUCUAGAUAUGAAUAACUUAUUGGGUAACGAUGAACUGAUUUUAGAUGGGUUGAAUAUGAAUAUAUUAGAUCAAGGGUAUGCCAAUGAUAAUCCAUCCGUCGGUAAUGAUAUGAACGCCAUGGAAGGGGAAGAAGAAUUCGAUGUCGAUAACUUCCUAAACCAAUUCGGUGGUGGUGAUUAAACAGAAUCAGUCUUUGCAUUUUACAUAUUACGUGCUCCAUUAAAUCAUUCAAUUAGUUCUACAUUUUGUUCUUUCUUUCCAUUUAGCUUGUUUUUCUCUUCCUGUUCCAUUAAUUCAAUUCUUUGUAUCAAUAAAUGUACGU